AUGCAUUUCAUAUGCAGUCUAAUAUUCAUUUUAUUAUUAAAAGAAUUUAUUCAAAUAAAAGCUUUGUCUUCUCAAACUGAAUCAAUUAUUGAUCUUUAUAAUAAGAUUAAUGAAAAAGGUUCGUUAGCUGAUAGUUUAUUACUUAAUGAACAAGCACAAUUAAAACUUAAAACAAUAAAUACAAUUCGAUUAUUACCAUUGCAAUAUAUUUCAAUUAAUAAAUUUUUAUUAUUUUUUAAUAUUAGUUUAAAUAAAAUACAAACAAAUGAAGAAGUGAAAUUAAUUGAAUUUCGUUUAAAAUUAAAAUCUUAUUAUAAUAAUAUAAAUAUUUAUCGAAAAAAAUUAAUAUUAAUUAUUCGUAAAAAGUUACAUCAUAAACAACGAUUUCAUCCAAUAAUAAUUUCAAAAGAACAAGAUGAAUUUAUAUCAUAUGAUUUAACAAAUUAUUUAUAUCAUAAUUCAACACAACAAAUAUUAAUUAUUCGUCGACAAUUAUGGAUAAGAAAUUAUGUUCAAGAAGCAUCUCUUAUUAUUUAUUCUCGUACACCUGGAAUUUUUCUUCUUCCAUCAUCAACAAUUCGAACAAAACGAUCCAUUAGACAAAAACAACUUCUAAGUCCAUGUUCACGUUAUGAUCUAUUUGUUGAUUUUAAUCAAUUAUCAUUUGGUGCAUGGGUUAUUGAACCAAAGCGUUUUAAUGCUGGUAUAUGUCGUGGUGAUUGUCCUAAUCCAUUAUCAAGAUUAUUUUAUCCAACAAAUCAUGCUAUGUUAUUAAGUCUUUUACAUGAACGAGGAAAUUCUAUUCAACAACCAUCGUGUGUACCUGUUCGUCUCCGACCACUUGAUUUACUUUAUUAUGAUCGACAAGAAUUAGUUAUUAAACGACAUCAAGGAAUGCAAGUUGAAGAAUGUGGUUGUCGAUAA